GCUACAUCAGCUGUGAACGGCAAGAUGGCGAGUUGUCUGGCCGAAGCUCCCCCGGACGCGAUCCUCGCCGGGGGGGAGAGUGGUUCGAGGCGCUGCAGGGGACGCCCGAGGCUGACGGACUCCGACCGGGCACAGAGGCGCCUGGAAUCCCGGAAGAAGUACGACGUCAGGAGGGUUUACCUGGGAGAGUCUCAUAAGCUGUGGACCGAGCUGCGCAGACGCACCAGCCUGAGUGAUGCCGGGCUGGCCGAGUACCUGAUCCUGCUGGACUCCACCUACGGAGAUCAGAACCAGCAGAAACACUGCAGGAAGAAGAGUGAAGCAGAGGUUUCAGGACGAGGGAAGAAAGGCAGGAAGCCGGCCGUGUCGCGCCUCAGCAGUCUGGUGAGGUGGUACCAGGUCCACUCGCAGUCGUGCCGUCACGAACCGCAGCUCACAGCCCUGGAGGUCCGGCCCAGCUGCUCCGCCACAGCUGUGUGGCGAUGUGACGCCGACCACUCGUUCGUGCAGUAUCUCUUCUCGCCACCGAGGGAGGCCAGCGACUCCGAAGAGGAAGGUGGCAGCGAUGGAGAGGAGAUGCUGGAGGAAGAUUCGGCGGAACAGAGGAACGAGAAAUCUGACGAGGAACUUAGAGAAACAAAUAUUUGUGAGGAGUCGGCUGCGAGGCGGACAGAAGAGGCUGCGGCUUUAGAAAGGCAGCCCAGCCCCGAGGCGUCCUUCGGGGACCCCGCGCUGACAGAGCGGCCUGUGUGGGGGACGGCGGCGCCGCCCUCCUACCCGUCGGAGGAGGCGAAGGAUUGGAGGCGAAGCACAGAGGAGCUUAAAGUUGAUGAAGAGGAAAUCAGAAGUGCUGAGUGUGAUUACGUCCCGGUUCCAGCGUCCGUCAUGGAUGAGUUUAAGGGAAGCGGAGACUCGGAGCUGCCGCAGGCCCUGAAUGACUCGGCCCCUCUGGAUGCUCUGCUGGAGCUGUCGCCCCCCCUGCAGGGCCAAGAGCAGACGGGGUUCCUGGAGAGUCAGACUCUGCAGGCUGCGGUGAGCAGCUGUGACAUUCCGGACCAGAGGACUGCUUCUGAGACCCCUCAGCUGAUCAUCAUCACCGGCCCCAGCUACGAGGCCCUGGCUUCAGAGGGAAUCCAGCUAAACGUGAGCAGCGGAAACAUGGAGGAAGUCACCUGCACGGUCAUCGGAAGUGUCUCCUACAACCAGGUGUGCACGCCUGAGCUGAAAAUCCAAGGUGCAGAUGAGGAAGACUCUGAAGAAGCUUUCAGAGACGAACGGCUGCCGCCUCCGGCUGGGAGCCCUUCAGAGCUGAGUCGGGAUAGAGAUCUGCAGAAGUGCAUGAGCAGUGGCAGGUCCAAAAGAAGCCGCCGCGGCCCAGUUGUGGAGCCCGACGGCAUGCUGAAGAUGUUCCACUGUCCUUAUGAGGGGUGCAGUCAGGUGUACGUCGCCGUCAGCAGCUUCCAGAAUCACGUGAAUCUAGUCCACAGGAAAGGCAGGACCAAGGUCUGUCCACACCCCGGCUGUGGGAAGAAGUUCUACCUGUCCAACCACCUGCACCGGCACAUGAUCAUCCACUCAGGGGUUCGAGAUUUCAUCUGUGAGACGUGCGGGAAGUCCUUCAAGCGAAAGAAUCAUCUGGAAGUUCACCGGCGCACCCACACAGGAGAAACUCCGCUGCAGUGUGAGAUCUGCGGCUAUCAGUGUCGGCAGCGCGCGUCGCUGAACUGGCACAUGAAGAAGCACACGCCGGAGGCGCACUACAACUUCACCUGCGAGUUCUGCGACAAGCGCUUUGAGAAGCUGGACAGUGUCAAGUUCCACAAGCUGAAGAGCCAUCCAGAGCGGCAGGAGACAUGAGGGAGUCCAGAUCCGCCGUGUCCAUCAGGACCUGCCGGGCCGCCGGAGACUGAGGCCCGACGUCCAGCGAGGAGCGACGGUCCUAGAAGGAACGCCAGCGUCACGGGAAGGCGAAGCGUGCUCAGAUAAGAGGCCACUCCUGGUCUAUAGACGCACAGACUCAGCAGGUUUAUUAACAUCUGCUUAAUUGUCAACAGUGCGUUCAAAACCGAAACUGCAGCAAGAGCGUCAGUUUACCAGCUCACACCUCCACGCUGACACGAGCAACUAUUUCCAGUCGUAUCCCAAACGUCUUCCCUGCUCAGUGGGAGAUGGUUUUUCCAUCCCAGCCCCAACAUCCAGUCAGAAAAAUGUUUUUUUUUCUCCUAAAGUUUGUCCCGCUCCCACACCUGUGUGUCCUUCUCUUAAAAAACAGGAAGGAAUGCUGCUACUGUCCCUUUUUUAAAGUUUAUUCCGACUGAAAAAAGUGGUCAUUUUGCUCUUGAAUACACAACCAGAACAGUUCACUCAGUGAAAACUGUGCAGAGUUUAAAUAUUAAUAUAAAGACGUUCAAAUCUACCAAGACACUGCAAUGAAUAUAAGCUUUUUUUCCUGGACGGACUUUGUGCCCAAAAAUAGUUUCUGUGAAACAAAUGAAGGUUUUUAAGUUGCUGAUUUACCUGCUGACGAGUUUAUAAACUGUAGUUUGACCCAAUUCUGUUUAAUUGAGUUAAUCAGAGCAGAAAUGUUUACAGGAAACUGUUCAAAAAAUUUCCCAGCUCAGUAUUUUUCUGUUAUUUUAGCUUAAAUCUUUUGCAUAAUAUUUAUAUGAAUCAACACCACCAAAGAGCGUAUUGUUUUAUUUUCUGCAUAUAAGUGAAAUUUGAAAAAUAAAAUUAAUAUAAUUUUGUAAUGUGUGAAUAAAAUGUAAUUGUUCAAAUGUACUUUAACCAAUUUAAGGGUAAAUGUGAUACCUUUAGAAUUAUAAAAUAAAAAAACAUUUCACAAUUCUG